GCUGCAGUCUUAUUUCUGAAAAAAUUAGACCGCCCUUCCUAGAGCUUCCUAGUCAAGUAGAAGCAGGAUACUGGUCGCGCUUUGCUACUACCGGAUCCACCUUUCUCAUCGAUCACAGUGCAUUGGCUUUCCCCACCGCAACCGGCUACAACGGAGUUUCAACCAUUUGUCACUGCUUUUAGUGCAACCUGGUAAGACCAACCAAAUUCAGUCUUCAACUUGAUCUUUCGCAUUUUUAUUUUGAACGGUCGGGCCUUUAUUGGAUGAAUCGGUUGUUAUAAUUGGGCUAUUUGAUAAGUUUGUCUUUGACCUAUAACUGCCUCUCGGGGUAAUGGAUGCAAAUCUUGAUAUAUUAGUCUCCAAACAACAGAAGAUUAUUGAUGAUGGGGCAGCCUCGGUUUGUUUAGACAGAAUUAGCAACUUACCUGAUGAACUUUUGUGUCAAAUAUUGUCUUUUCUUCCAACCAAAUAUGCUGUUCGGACUGGGAUUUUAUCAUCAAGGUGGAAGGACCUUUGGGUUUCAGUCCCGACUCUUGAUUUUGAAGUCCAUUUUUGGAGGGAGUUUCAGGGCGAUUAUGAUAAGCAUAAGGUCAAGAGUUUUGUGAAGCCACGCAUGAAGAAUUUGUUCGAGAUUCUUAAUCGCAUUUUGCAUCUUCGUGGCAAUUUAAGAACUACAAAGUUUCGGUUUGUGUCUUCAGAUCAUUUUGGCCCCAAUAAACUGUUUGACUUGAUGGAUGUUGUAGCAAGGUGUGAUCUUGAAGUGCUUGAUAUUGAAUUGACAUCUGAUUCUAUUAGAGAUUUGCCUUGGUGCCUUUUUGGGAGUGAUAAUCUAGUCGUUUUAAAGCUCAGUGGGGAACUAGAACUAGACCUUUCUGAUGAUGUUUCAUUUCCAAAUUUAAAAAUCCUCUGGCUUAAAUCAGUAAAGUACUCUAAUGAUACAUCCGUUGAAAAGCUACUUUCUGGUUGUCCUGUCCUCGAGGAGUUGGAUGUGAAUAGACCUGGUGAAGAUAAUGUUUGGAAUUAUGUAAUCUCGGUGCCUUCACUGAAAAGGUUGACAUUGGAUUUUUCUAGUCUCCAAGGGGAUCCCGAUGAUGAUGAUUAUCUCUACUUGUCAGAAUCAGAAUCAGAAUCAGACAGCGAUCAAGAUGUUAAGAGAGAGCACCACCUUUUUGUUGAUGCACCAAAGCUUGAAUAUCUUAAACUCGUUGAUCAUAUGUCAGAUGAUAUAUCGAUCACCAAGAUGCCCUGCCUAUCUCAAGCGCACAUUUGUGUGGAGAAAUACUACUAUAUGGAUGAGGGUGUCAAACCUUAUUACGAGAGUGACGCUUUUGGAAUUCUCAGGGCUAUCUCUAACGUGAAAUGCUUAUGCUUGACUGGUUAUACUUUACGGACCCUGGUCAAUAGUGAGAAUACGGGAAUACCGAUAUUUCGCAACUUAGUCAAUCUGGAGUUAGGUUUCGAUUCGUGGAAUGGCCCAGAAAUGCUUCCAACUCUGCUCAGGGCAUCUCCCAAAUUAGAGACCUUAUACUUGCCUGAGGGAAUUACGUGUCCUGGUGAAAGAGAUUACAAUGUUAACGAGGAUAUAUUCUUCGAGUACCAAUGGAAACCUCCAAAAGAAGUCCCAGAAUGUCUUCUUUCUAGUCUUAAGACCGUGGAAAUUUGGAAGCUCUGUGGUGAAGAAGAGGAAGAGCUGAAGCUAGUCAAGUAUUUUCUGAAAAAUGCUGUGGUUUUGGAGAAGAUGACAAUUGUCUUUCACUACUUCCCCUGCCAUGAUAACGGCAUGGAUUGUUUCUCUGUGAAAGAAGAUGUUCUGAAGAAGUAUCCAAGGGGCUCGCCUUCUUCUAAGCUUCGUGUAUAUACCCCCGUAUUAGUUACGAAAGAAUAGCUGUUGCACUGAUUAUAAGCUUAUGCAUGCGAAGUGUUAUUAUUUUUGCUAUGAUCCUCAUCUCAAGUACUAGACUAUAAUCGUGAACGGUCGGUUAAUGUUAUGCAUGUCAUGAAUAUUUAGGGGCUUUCAACUAAUUCUAUUUCCUGCAGUUCUUCUAUGUCGAAUUUGACGAAGUAGGCACAUGUCACGUCUUUGUUGCGUUUAUGUUUUUAUAGCAGU